GUCACGUCACUCACGUCACGUCUUCCUAUCAUCAUGAGCGAAUACUGGGUCUCUCGCAAGAAAUACUUCUGCAAGUACUGUGAAAUAUACAUCGCAGACGAUGCACCGUCUAGACAGCACCAUGAGAGCGGUCUCAGACACCAAGGAAACAAGGAGAGAUUUGUUAGAGGACUGUACAAGACGGGAGAGAAGAGAAAGAAAGACCUGGAGGAAGAGAAAAGAGAAAUGGAUCGGAUAGGAAAGGCUGCACAGGCUGCCUUUGCACAAGAUGUGGGUGCUGGUCACGCCAAAGCUAGCAGCAGUACCUCAGCUCCAUCAACGUCUGCCCCGCCUCGGAAACCCCCACAAAAACCCUCAAAUCCAUACACGAACUAUACCACAGCAGAAUUUCUCGGAUAUACAGAUCCAGACGCCGAGCGUUUGAAAGCUGAAGCUGAGCGUCGGCGUAUGCAGGGCGUUGCAGGCGAUUGGGAGGUGAUUGACACCUCGUCUUCAAGUCGGCUCGCAGCAGCAGAUGCUUCAGCGGACCCCACCAUAGAAAUAAGCGAGAAUCGCAAGAGAGAAGCCCCUCCAAUUGAAGAAGACGAGCGGCAAUUCAGGUUGCGCCGUAAAGUUCUAUCUACCGGGUUGGGCGAGAUAUACGAUCCCGGCAUUAUUCAAGUCAAACCAAAAGUCCUAAAGCCAGAACUUGCGGCUGAAAGUGAAAUUGUACCCGCCUCCCUAUCUGCAGUAACUUCCGAGACUAAAGCGCUAGGUUUGCCCAAGUGGACAAAAGUUCAAUGGAAACGAGCAGGCAGUGAGGAAGAUACUGCACAGGCUGACGAUGUGAAACCCAAAGAGGAACAAGACGCAGUUUCUAAACGUGAAGGGAGCGAAUCGAUGACAAAGUUGGAGAUGGAUGGGGAUGCUAGUGUCGAGUUGAAGCAGGAAGGUUCUCUGUCGCUACCUGCGGAGCCUGGGACCAAGGAAGAACAGGUUCCAGUAUCAUUAGAUGAAACCGUGCCUUCAGGCCUUUUUCGAAAGCGAAAGGCACCUGGCGGUGUCGCAAAUAGAGGAAGACGCCAGAUAUGAAACUGUGUUUCAUCUAUGAAUGAAUCACAUAUACUAUUUCGCAUGCUAUUGCAACUUC